CUCCACAGUCCCCCACUUCCACUCCAAAACUCAGACAAAAAUAGAUAAGCUGUUGAGUUUCAGAAAGAAAGCCAAAUUUAGAGAGAAGAGAAGAGAAGAGAAGAGAAGAGUUCGGGGUUCGAGUUUGAAGGUUUGUUGGCGAAAGUUGAGGUCCGAACGUGGAACAAGCCUCGUUGACCGACCACAAGACUAGUUCUCUCCUUGUUUAUUGGGAAUUUCAACAGAAAAUGUCGGCGAUUCUAGGAAGAACUUUCUCUCCUUCCACCCAAUGCAUUCCUUCUUCAUUCAAUCAUCCUCCUCACGACAUGGCCAACAACACAGAAGAACCAGAAAAAAAUGAAGAAGAAAUCAAGAAUGGUGCCGCUGCUGCUGUUGGUGAAACUAGUAAACAUGAUGUUGAUGAUGAUGAUCAUGAUGGUCAUGAAGAUGAGAAAUUAUCUAGAGAAUUCAGUUCCCAUUCUGUUUGUUCCACUGAACACGAAGAUAAUUGUGAUGAGGAUGAAACUGAUGUUGAGACUGAUCGAGAAUUAGAAGUUGGUCCCCAGUUUUCUCUCAAAGAGCAGCUUGAAAAAGAUAAGGAUGAUGAGAGUUUGAGGAGAUGGAAGGAACAACUUCUUGGAUCUGUUGAUUAUGCUGCUGUUGGAGAAACUUUGGAACCUCAGGUAGAGAUUUUGAGUCUCACAAUUUUGUCACCUGGCCGACCUGAACUCGUCUUGCCGAUCCCAUUUGAACCGAAUGCAAAGGGGUAUGCAUUUUGUCUAAAAGAUGGAAGUCUUUACCAUCUCAAAUUCUCAUUCAAAGUCUCAAACAACAUUGUUUCUGGACUUAAAUAUACCAACACCGUCUGGAAAACUGGUGUGAGAGUUGAAAAUACAAAAGUGAUGCUUGGAACUUUUAGUCCUCAGCAAGAACCUUACACAUAUGAAUUAGCAGAGGAGAGAACUCCUUCUGGCAUGUUUGCAAGGGGUUCUUAUUCCGCAAAAACCAAGUUUGUGGAUGACGAUGGGAAAUGCUAUUUGGACAUCAGUUACUCUUUUGAAAUCCGGAAGGAAUGGCCAACACAAACUUGAGGUUUUUUUUAUUUUUUUCUUCAUUUUAUGACUAGCUUUUUUUGGAUUGCCCAAUUCAGGGAUGCUGUUCCGCUAAUGAAAAUGUUGUAAUCUUAUAAUCAAAGCUCCGGGGGCCAAAUCUCUAUAACCCAUUUGCUGAUCUUAUUCAUUAUCUCUUCUAUUCAGUAAAAGAAGUUUAAUUAGGCAUACAUGGAUGGAUAAAAUUUGAAACAUAUAAGAUCUGUGAUCGUCAAAGAUUCCUCUUUGUAUGCCUUUUGAAACAUUGUUCUUUAUUGGACUUGAGAUAUUUUAAAGCGAUUUCUUUCCACCUCUCUCUCCCAGUCCAUUCUUUUGCAGAGUUGUUUAUUUACAAAGAAUUUGUUGCUUCUUUUUUGUUGAUUCUUUUUGAAAGUAAUUACUGUCUUUUAUAUCAA